GUUCAUUUUAUUAAACGAAAAAGUAUAAACAGAUUUUGUGCAGAAAAUAAAUUGAAAUUGUUAAAUGUUUGAGUGAAAAGUUAUGCUGUAGAAAUAUGGAAAAUUUAUCACUUACUCAAUAUUAUUGAUAAAUUAUUGAGGCGAAGGAAAAAAAUGAAAUAAACUUUGGAAAAACUGUGAACAUUACGUAUGGACGAACUAAAUGAGUACUUGGCUGCGGCUUCAGAGAUACAGAGAAACCGAUUAUAUUUUGUCACGUUCAAGAACAACUAUCGACCUCACAACACAUCGAACACUCUUUACUUUACCAUUGAUGAGGAAUUCCACUAUGAAAACUUCUUCCAUGACUUCGGACCGUUGGACAUUUGUAUGCUGUACUAUUACUGUAACAGGUUAAACGAAUUUUUGGCCGAUCGCAGUCACGCAAAGAAAAAAAUUAUUCACUACACAUCGUCGACCGAGGAGAAGCGACUCAAUGCAGCCUAUUUAAUCGGUUCUUUUGCGAUCGUCUACUUGAAUCGUACUCCAGAUGAGGUGUAUAGACUGUUGACCGUUGGAAAAAUUCCGCCAUACAUUCGAUUCUGUGAUGCUUCGUCCAUUUCAUCCACGUACAAAAUAUCGUUGCUGGAUUGUCUCAAUGCCGUUUACAAAGGAAUGAAAGCCGGUUUCUUCAACUUCGAUGACUUUGACAACAAAAAGUAUUGCUACUACGAAAUGGUCGAAAAUGGGGAUCUGAAUUGGAUUUUGCCGGACAAAUUUCUUGCCUUCUGUGGACCGCACAACGAGAAAAAGGUGAAAAACGGUUACAUCUACCACGAACCGGAAAAGUAUCUGGACUAUUUUCGUCUUCAUAAUGUAACAACGGUCAUCCGGUUGAAUGUCAAAAUGUACGACGCACACCGAUUUGUGCAACAUGGCUUUGACCACAAAGAAUUGUACUUUGUUGACGGAACUACACCGACUGAUCACAUUUUAAAACAAUUUUUGAACAUCUGUGAAACGACCGGUGGUGCUGUGGCCGUUCAUUGCAAAGCCGGACUUGGCAGGACUGGAACAUUAAUUGGAGCGUAUAUCAUGAAGCAUUACAAAUUUAGUGCACUUGAAGCUAUCGCUUGGCUCCGACUGUGUCGGCCCGGUUCGGUCAUUGCACAUCAGCAACAGUGGCUUGAAGAUAAACAGAUGUGGCUCUGGGACGAGGGUGAACAGUAUCGCAAAAAACGAAAUAUCAUCAACACUCCCGUACACACUUACGGCAUUUAUAGCAUUAAAAAAAUGAAACUGAACGCCAACAACACCGUCAAUCGCAAUUCGUUGCAUGUAUUAAAGAGAAACAGCGUUCUUAAGGAUCGGGUUCAAAAGGCAUCACGCAGGCUGGAUAAUAUGAAAUUAACCGACGAUGAUGCACCGAAAAAUUCGUCUAAGAAGCAAAAUAACAUGCUUCCAAAGCCGUCGAUGAAAAAUUGUAAUGGUUCAAUCACCGACAACAGUGAAGUGUUGUCGGCGCUGCUGCUACAUCACGAACAGACAAAUGUCUGCGCACUAGACAAAAACCAGUUGAGCAACUCCGAGAGUGGACUCUCAUUGAAAUCAUGUUGCCGAGAUGAAAAUAGAAGCAGUUCGACCGUUGACGCAAAAGAGGAUAUUUCCAGUGAAGUAGCUAACGACUUAAAGUCGAUCAAAUUGGUUGGUCGCGACGAGGAGAAUAAUAGGAUAAGACGUGUUAAUGUUGUGAGCGAAGAAAAUGGUGAGCCAAUUGGAACACAGGGCGAUCAAUUGAAUAAGAUUAAGGCGAUGCGACGACGUCAUUCCAGAUCGGUUAACUUGUCAACGUCACUGAACGACCCUUUCUACAGACAUACUCGGGCGAAAUCACAGCCGUUUCGAAAUAAAACAAAAUUGAUGCCAAGUGUGGCUCAAUCGCCAACAAAACCUUUGCCUUUGGUUGCCCUUCUUGACGCAACGGACAAUGAUGAGAAAACAACAACAAUUUCGACCCGAGUGAAUCGAAUAACUGCGUACAACAAAAGAAUGGCGAUGCAAAUAAGAAAAGUGAAGGAAGUUCCCGCUUCUCAACAAUUAAGUAACGCUAACAAAAUUAACAACAAUAAUACUGCACCAAAACACUCUACUAAGGACGAUACUAAGUCUAGUUUUUUGCUGCGACGAAGUAGUCGCAUUGAUUGUCACCAUGGUGGCGAGAAAAAGACCAACUCGAAUGUCACAACACCCACAUCAACAACAACAAGUGCUGAAUCUGCAAUAACACGAACUCGUAUGUACCUGGAACGUCCCGCAUUAAAGGGCAGUGGAAAUGUAAUUUGUCAAAUGUCCGAUGGUUUGUCGCCAAUUCAAACCCAAAAGAUAAAAGAGAAUUUAGACCAACAAAUCGGUUCGGACGAUAAUCGUCAUUAUCUUUGGGAUGCUGUUUUGACUUCGGAUGCUUGUGAUGAUAGUGUUAAUCUAGAUCUGGACGUUGCGACUAAUAAAACGCGUAUCGAAAAGACCAACAGCGUAAAGCGUGGUAAACGUUCAUUAAGCAGUACACGAGUGGCAAAGGCUAAUGAAAAAAACAUAAAACGAAAAACGGCGUCUGAUUCGAAUCAGCAGUUAACAUUUGGUGGAAAAGUUGACGAUGGUUCCAAAAAGGAAACAUAUGACGGCGGUAAGUCGGAUCAUCACAUGUCGCUCAGGCUACGAAAAAGAUAAGUGGGUGCGUAGUUCAAUAAAUAAGCCUAUAAAUAAAGUAGGAUUCGUACAUACACAUACACACAUCCUCUGAAUGUGUUAGCAGCAUUUUUUUUUCCCUUAAUUUGUUUAGACCACAUUUUCUUCGUCAGAGGACCAGAAUCAUAAUUUUUUAAGAAAUUUAAGCUGAAGUCGAAGAGCUUCAAUAUUGUCGUAAGUUUAGUUUUGUACAGUGUACAUGUGCAACUUAAGUGUAAUUUUACUUUUAUUAUCCAACAUUGCAAAAAGUAUUUCAGUGCAAUAAAGACUGAGUGCAAUAGCUGUGUAA